UCGAUUCAUGUGCGUAUAAAUCGGAAAUCGAUCGAGUCAUGACUACCGACCCAAGUCGCCGAAUCCACUCUGCUUCCCCGUCCGCCCUUCAAAAUUCCUAAUUUCUUCUUCCCUUCAAUGGCGGACCAUGCGGAUGAAGCAGAGAUGGAGAACAAUCCUCGUCCACGCGACGAUGUUUCGAGGAAGACCCGCCAGAAGAAACAAGAAGGGGUUUUAGAUUCGAUCCGCCAUCGGCCCCUGCGGUGUUUAAGAAUGCUCAUUGAAGGUUCUUCUUGGGUACGAUCAUCGCCUAUGGCGUCAGCCCGGGACUUUGGCCAUGGCCUCGGCAAAGUGAGCAAACAGCACUACUUGAAGUUUGAUAAUCUCUGGUCGGCCAUCGUGAUCAGGGGCUUACUGUGAGAGUAAUCCCAAUCGGGUUGGUGUUUAUUUUUAAAAACCAGACGCUGAUCCCAACUCAUUCAUUCUUCCGGCUGAGAAAUUGAAGAACAAAAGAAGUGAAUUUGUACAU